AUGGAGCUCAUACCAGAUCUCGAGCAGAAGUCGAUUCUAUACGACGGGGCUAAUGUGCAAGCGGAUCUGCUCGGGCAGUACUCUUGUGUGCUGAUAGAUCUACCCGGACACGGCGAAAGUGAGGUGGCAGAAGCCGAGUUGACGAUUGAGUAUAUGGCCCGAGCAGUGGAGAGUGUGCUUCAGCAUGAGGGGGUGGAGCAGGCAGUCAUCGUAGGCCACAGCAUGGGAGGACCAGUGGCAACCAUGCUGCUGCGGUUACACAGCAACAGGGUCUCAGCUAUCAUCUAUGUCGACUCCUUUUUCGACCUGCCAGAAAAUUACGUCAAUCAAAAGCAACGCAAAGCAUGGAGGGAAAGCCUGAUGGACGAUCAAGAGUUCCGCGAUACAAUACGACGCAGGUUCUUGACAGAUCGUAUGACGGAGACUGUCAAAGAACGCAUCCUCCAGGUGACAACCGAGACGUCGAAAUAUGUGCGUUUGCAUUCAGUCACAACAGACAAGCUGCCUCACGCGUGGCGUCAUGACGAGGUGUACGAUAUUCCUGCGCUCCUGUUAGUGACGCCUGUCUAUGCGGACAUCGAUCGCCGGUGGCUACAGCAUAUGCCCGGGCUGCAAGUGGAGAAUUGGAAUGAUCACGGCCACUUCUUGUUCAUGGAGGAGCCAGUCGUGUUCAACUCUCGGGUCAAGAAUUUCAUGAAACAGAUGUGA